UGGUGACCGGCUGCAGAAAAACGCGGAUUAUUGUUUUAGUUUUCUGUUUUGUAUAUUAAACCAGUCAACCCACCGCCACAGACUUCAAAAUAGCAGCUGUAAUCGCCGAGUAUUAAGAGAAAUGCAUUCGUGUUUCCCUUUCCACCCGAUGUAACCGCCGUGGCGGCGAGCAAUAACGCGACCACGUGAAAUACCGCAGCCAUGGACCUCGAGUUUCCAGACAUCGAUAUUGACCACCUUCUGGACACCACCACAGCGCUGGAAGAUGGCUUCCUGGCGCCCUACAAGCAGAUUCCGAUGCCCAAGAUCAACGGGCGGGUCAAGGAAAGGCGCAUCCGGCUGGCAGAGCGAAUUGCCCAAGGCGACGACUUGAUCCGGCAGGUGAAGCAGCUCCAGGCACAGAACAAAAAAUUGGCCGACCUGCAGCGCACCGCACAGGAGGUGACGGAUCUGUACCAGAAGGAAAAACAGCAGCGCCUUGAGCUGCAAAAGAAAUCCCAGCAAUUGGGCGACCGGUGCGCGGAGCUGGAGAAAGAGCUGGAUGCGCAGGUCAUAAUCGGCGAGAAUCUGCAAGAGGAGCUGGAGAAGCGGGCUCUGCCCGUAGAUGCCAAAGAAGUGCUAGGAAUCCUCCUGCAGCUGGAACAGCGACUGGGCGACGAUGCUGGCUUAGUGCGUCGUGACCAGAACAUCGUUAAGAAGCUGAAGGACUACUGCAAGACGGCCAACAUCAGUAUGCCUACGCCCAAGAGUCCCAGUCCGCGGAACAAACGGCGGAGCCAAGCUACGCAAACAGAUGCGGGGCCUGUCCCAGAGAAGCCCAUUCUGUGUUCUGUGGCCGUGCAGGUGGAGAAUCUGAUACAGACCCGCGACCAGAGCAUGCAGUUCAAGGCCACCACCACCACCAGGGGCACCACGACGGCCUCGUUUAUCAAGAAGUGCCAUGUGGGCACCACCUUCCCCGAACCGAAGCCAAUGCCUAAUGUGCAACAGAUACUCGACGAAAUGCUGUCCUGGCGAGAUGAACCACUGGGCCCGCUGAGUCCCCUAUGUGAUUUCCCACUCGAAGUGGAGGAGCAGCAUAUGCCCGCCACCGUCAGUGUGGCCACCAGCACCACGCUUUGUAAUAUACACCGGGAGAUUGACUUUAUAUCGGAGGUGCCGCCGCAAAUCAAGGUGUCCGCUUCACGGCCACCCUCGCGAACCAUGCUGGAUAGCGUUAAGGAGGAGGCUAGGUCUUCCAGGGAGCUCGCCAAGGAGCUGCUCAACUUUCUACCUCAAAACCAAAGCUGCCUGGCCAAUCUGCCGCCGCAGGCCUUCGAGGAGCUGUGGCAGGUAUUUGGCCAAAUGGUGCUGGGACUGCUCCAGCGGCGCCCCAGCCCGCCCACUGUCAGUCAGGCGGACUUUACCAGAUGGCUCUACGAGCUCUAUGAGGGCACCCAAUGCCAGCCGGAGGAGAACUCUAGCAAUAGCGCCAGCAAGAAAGACUUCUCUGCCAGCACGGAGUGCAUGGACGUUGGCUUAGAUCCCAUCAUAGCCUCACCAAACAUCAGUCACGGCGGGGAUAUCACGCCCAUACGCCUGCCACCAAAACCUAAAGAACGAAAGCGAAAAUCUAAAAAGCGACAGGCAGCUGCUUCUCUUAUAAAGCCCAUUGCCAAGCGAACGUGUCAGGAGAUGAAGCCUGCAGAGGAUCACCCAGGAAACACCCAGGAAUCGGUGAAAUUAGUCGAAGAACAAGAGCCAGAGACGGCCAUACAAUUUUUAAGCAACUUGAAUACUUUUAACAUGGCAAACUGUGAUAAUCUCGAUAAUAUGGAAUUGGAUGAGGAGGAAAUGUACUUGCUCCAGUUGACUUCCAAGGUGACAAGGCAGGCAGAACAGGAGCAAGCCACAGAGGGUGAAUGUGUAAGCCACUUCCCAACCUUACCUAAAGUCCUGGCAGACACUGAGUCGUCUUUGAAAGAUGACAUGGAACUGGAGCACUUUAAUGGGAUUACCUGCAAGGAAACAGAUGGAAAGCCAGACGAAAACCUGGAGCACACAGCAAAUACUGAAAACUUAGAGGACUCUGGAGGGAUUACCUGCCAGGAAACAGAAGGAAAGCCAGAGGAAAACCUUCCAACUUUACCAGAUUUAUUUACUGAGGAAACAGAUCUGCCUUUAAGUACAUGUCCCAAACUGAAAAAUAAGCAAAAAGAUAAGACAAUCAUUACUAGCUUACCAGAUUUGUCUACAGAGGUUUUAAAUCCUUCAGAACCAGUCCUUGGAAGUGCUGAUUUUGAUAUGGAAAAUCAGCCAAAGGGAAAGGCAAACACUACCAACUUCCUAAAAGAACCGCCAAGUUCUCUGGAUACGUCCUUUAAUGGCAGUGAUUCCCAGAAAGAAUCCAAUCUGUGUGAAAAGCAGUUACCUAGUGAAGAGACUGAUUCGGAUUUGAACUCUGAAAAGGUUUUUUCCGACCAGGAACACCCUGCUUUCAUAACAGAAGCAAUACCAGAAGUGGAUAAAAAUGUAUACUCCAGCGAUUCCGAUUCAGAGGACUACACCAUGCAGAGUGUUACAGGUUCUUUAUUGGAUAGCAACUCCUGCAAGUCUAAUAAAAGCAAAGGUAGAACUUUAGUGGAUUCAAAACGAUCUAUUUCCUACCUUUUUGGCAGUGAUUCGGAGUCUGAAGCAAGUGAAGAACAGCUGCCCAAGGAAGACACCGAGUCGGAGGAAGAUGUAAGCGAAAGUGAAAGUGAAAUAGCAGAAACCAAAACGAGUUUUAUGGAUUCAGAGGAAGAGUUUAAUAGAAGUGACUCUGACUCUAGUGAACAAAAGCUUCCUAAAGAAGAUACGGAAUUGGAUGCAGCAGAAUCCGAGGAAGACCUAAGCUUAAGUGAGUCUGAAGCCAGCGAGCAAGAGCUGCUUGAGGAGGUAACCAAAUGGAGUCCCAUUGCGUCGAAAGAUGAGUUCUACGACAAAGUAUCCGAAUCCGAAUCCUGCAAAAAGCUGUUGCCUAAACAAGAAACCAAAUGGCGUCCUAUUGAAUCGGAGGAAGAAGCAAGUAAACAACAGCUCCCCAAAGAAGAUACCGAAUCGGAUCCAAUAGAAUCGGAGGAAGAUGUAAGCCAAGGUAAGUCCGAAUCCAGCAAGCAAAAGCUCCUUAAGGAGGCAAGUUCGGAGUAUAAAUCCGAAUCCUGCAAAAAGCUGUUGUCCAAAGAAGAAACCAAACUGCCACCCGAAGAAUCAGAGAAAGAGUUGCUAGACAUGGAGGCCUCCUCUGAGAGCUUUAAGGAGCCACUGGCUAAGGAGCACAAUUCCGCAAAUAUUAAGACUUUUAAUGAAACGGACGACAAGCCAGAAUACAAGGAAAAUAAGCUAAACAAGAAACAGACCCUUAAAACAAAUAUAACAGAUUUACCACUGGUUGUGGCGGAGAAUCAUGCUGACCAAACAGAAUUAAUUCCUAGUUUGAACAGGGAUUCCAACUCGGAUUUACAAAAGAAAGAAAAGUUGCUUUCCACGCAAAUAUCAAGUCCCGCCCUGAGCUCCAAUGACGACUCCGGAGACGAAGACAAGCUGGUCAUUGAUGCCGAAUUACCUCCUAGCAUAACGUCUAAAGACUCGCCUUCUACAGUAACCUCCAAGCGAAAAAGAACUCUAUCCGAGAUUAAGAGUCCACCUACCCCAGGAGAAGGCCGCCUCACUCGCCAGAGAGCCAAACAAAUGCUGCUAGAAGAGAAGUCCCAGACAGAGAACCGAAUAUCGCUUGUAGAGCAAAUAAGAAGGCAGUUGCAGCAAGCUUUAGAUAAAUCAGAGCCCCUGAGAAGGGAUCCUGCUCCCGCAAAGGCUGUGAAACAGUUCCAGCAAACCCUAAGUAAAUUAGAGCCCCUCAAAACGGAUCCUGCUCCUGCAAAGUCUGUGGAAAAAUUUCAGCCAGCUGUAAAUAAAUCAGAACCCCCCAAAGGGAUCUAUAGUCCUGAUCCUGCAAAGUCAAAGAAAAACCCAGAUGAGCCUGAACAAAGUUUUGGAAGCUACGAAGAGUCGCCAGCUUCUCCCUGUGCCGAGCCCCUUGAUGACAACGUUGAUUCCAUUCCCGAAAUCCCUCUAGAGCAACCUAAUGGCUUGCAGUACGGUGGCCAGCCAAAGUCGAUUAUAGAACAUGUAAUUGAUGAGUACAAAGCCCAGCCAAAGCUCAGCCAAUUGCGAAGAAAAACUCUGGGAAAAUCGCAGCAAAAGCUAUGCUCUAGCAUUGGUAAAUACCUAGAAGAGAGUUUGGAUCUUGAAGACUUUUCCCUGGAGGUGUACAAGUUGACCAAGGAUGAGGCUGUGAUUGUGAAUGCCCUUGUGGUGGUAAUCACCAAGAUGGGCAUCGAAGGAAAUCCUCUCCAGCGUCUGAUUUCUGCUCUAAAUUACUUUAAAUUCAUGCCAAGAUUUUUGGCUGAAUUGGAGGAGCGUCUGUUCAGGAACACCAAGGAAAGACCGCCCACUGAAUUGGCCAUGAAGUAUGUAAAGCUGUACCUAGAGGCGGUUUCUAACACGGCCAGGGUUACCCAAGAAUACACGAAUCCGGCGAGACUGCUGCUGGCCAAGCUGCUCUAUCAUUACGAACAGGAUAUGCCAGAGACGGUGCUGGCGGUCCUCCGCCAGUUUCCCACGGCGCUGCCCCACCGCGAGGAGCGGCAGUACGAUCACUCGGAUCCCUUGAUUACUGUGAUUAAGCAUUUGCUUAUGAGUCGGACGUACGACAUGCAGGAUCCGGAUGGUGCCGAAAGAUUGCUGCUCUCCAAGCUGCGCUUCGAGUACCACUACCAGCCCUUUGAGCCCAGCAAGCAGCAGGUGCUGGAGAACCUCGUAGAGAAGCUGAAGGCGGGCCGCAGCCUGGAGCAGCUUGGCUACGCCUUUGCCCUCUUCUGCCGGCGCAGUCCGCAUCUCAAAGUGGUAGAUCUUGUCACGGAGCACCUAAUGCCGCUGGCCACCAGCUACUGUGAUCUCGCCCAAGAUGAGUCCUACGAUGACCGCCUCGUAGCUGUGCUGCAGUGCAUCUCGAUGGUUCUAAAGCCGCUCCCCUUAGAUACGGAUAUCUCUGCCCUUGUGGGACUCGUCAAGCGCUUGAUUGUGGCCGUGCCACGUCCCGGUGUCCAGCAGGCAGCUGUCCAGGCCUGCCUGCGCCUGCAACGCUUCGGAUUCCAGACCAUACGCGAUGCCCUGCAGAACUACAGACCCAAAUAUCCACUGGAUCCGCUCACGCGGGCCAUGCUGCGCUGCUUUGCGGAGCGGCGGAAGCAGUACCACAUCCUGGCCACCAAAGGAAUCUGUGCCAGAAAGUAGGCGCUGCUCUCGUAAA